GGCUUGGAGCGUACACCUGGCCCGAGGCCUACAUUCUUCAGGUGACUCCGGUCACAGCUCAUUGCCCGCCGGCGAAGUUCAAUUGCAGCCACUGACGCGUCCGAGGGUCCCUCCGGGGCGGGAGCGGCAGGUCCAUGGAGAAGGGCCCAGGGCGGGUGCAGGCGAAGCCGCGGGACGCCCGGUGCAGUAAUGGGUUCCCCGAGGGGGAGCCGCCGCGGCCCAGGCCCAGCACGCCCACCGAGAAGCCGCCGCGGCCGGAGAGCAAGAGCGUCCAGCCGGCGGACGGCUGGAAGGGCGAGCGGCCCCGCAGCGAGGAGGACAACGAGCUGAACCUCCCCAACCUGGCGGCCGCCUACUCGUCCAUCCUGCGCUCGCUGGGCGAAGACCCCCAGCGGCAGGGGCUGCUCAAGACGCCCUGGAGGGCGGCCACGGCCAUGCAGUUCUUCACCAAGGGCUACCAGGAGACCAUCUCAGAUGUCCUAAAUGAUGCUAUAUUUGAUGAAGAUCAUGAUGAGAUGGUGAUUGUGAAGGACAUAGACAUGUUUUCCAUGUGUGAACAUCAUCUAGUUCCAUUUGUUGGAAAGGUCCAUAUCGGUUAUCUCCCUAACAAGCAAGUUCUUGGCCUCAGCAAACUUGCUAGGAUUGUAGAAAUCUAUAGUAGAAGAUUACAAGUUCAAGAGCGCCUUACGAAACAAAUUGCUGUAGCAAUCACAGAGGCCUUGCGACCUGCUGGAGUGGGGGUAGUGGUUGAAGCGACACACAUGUGUAUGGUAAUGCGAGGGGUACAGAAAAUGAACAGCAGAACCGUGACCAGCACGAUGCUGGGGGUGUUCCGCGAGGACCCGAAGACCCGGGAAGAGUUCCUGACUCUCAUUAAGAGCUGAACCUCAGCGUGUGCCACGUGGUUUACAGAUUGUGCAGCUAGUAGUAUGAUUUGGUCUUAACUGUUUGUACAUUCCAUUUCCAGUUGUUGCUUAUCCCUUGUCACUAAUUGUAUUUAAUAAUUAUUUAAAGCAAGUCAAAUAAAGAUAAUUAAUAAAGGGGUAAUUAAUCUACUUUCUUCUUGCCACCUUUUAGUGGCAACAUUCGAGCAAACUGCCAAUAGUGUAAGUUACUUGCAUAAAACCA